AUGCAGCUGAUCAUCAAGCUCUGCAUAGAGUUAUAUAGCAAGAAUCCUCAUGUUUUGGACCCUCUAAGGAAGAUCUUGUACCUUCCUAGCAAUCGAACUAUCCGCUAUCACAAAAACAAAACAGAUCAAAGGCCUGGUUGGAAUAGAGACAUGUUACUCUGGUGGUGUUUGAAAGAAGCACAAACACACAAUCUGAAAAAGCAUGACUAUUGGGGUGGAUUUGUGUUAGACGAAAUGAAAAUACAGGAAAAUGUGGAAAUGGUUGUUAAAAAUGGCAAACAUCGACUUGUUGGGUUUGUUGAUUUGGGUCAAAUCCAUGACGAUAUGGAAACACUAUCUG